AUGGCCUUGAAACAACCCACUGGUCAAAAGCGUUUAACCAAUAUUGCUGUAAUAAGAUUGAAGAAGGGUGGCAAAAGAUUUGAGAUCGCCUGUUAUCCAAAUAAAGUCACAAGCUGGAGAAAUAAAGUAGAGACAGAUAUAGAUGAAGUUUUACAGACACAUACAGUUUUCACCAAUGUUUCGAAAGGUGAAGUUGCAAAGACUGCAGAUUUAAAGAAAAUUUUUGAAACUGAUAAUCAUUCAGAAAUAUGUUUAAAGAUUUUGGCUAAAGGUGAAUUACAAGUAUCAGAAAAAGAGCGGCAGGCCAAUGCUGAGUCAAUGUUUCGUGAUAUAGCUACAGUUGUAUCAGAUAAAUGUGUUAAUCCUGACACCAAUAGACCCUAUCCUGUUACAAUGAUAGAAAAAGCUAUGAAGGAUUUACAUUUCUCAGUGAAACCAAAUAAGAACUCAAAACAGCAGGCAUUAGAAGUAAUCAAACAAUUUAAUGAAAAAGAAGUUAUUAAUAUACAAAGAGCAGAAAUGAGAAUAAGAGUUGUUGCACCAGCAAAAGAUGGUAAAAAAUUAAGAGAGAAAAUAAGAAAGAUAGCUAGUCAAGUUGAAGAAGAUAGUUUUGAUGAAGAUCUUCAAAUGGUUGUAUUAAUAGACCCAGGAUGUUAUAGAGAAAUAGAUGAAAUCGUCAAACAUGAUACUAAGGGUAAAGGUUCAUUUGAAAUAUUGAAUUUAAAAAAUGUAGAAGAAGGUGACGAGAAACUAGGAUGAUCUCUGUUAGUUUUAUUCUUCUGUUGAUUUCGUUUAAUUAUAAUAACAGUUUGGAGUCAGAAUGAAGACAGCAAUACUUAGAAAGAAUCAAUCAAGAAUUAAUACUAACUUGUUAACAAAUUGGUAAAAGAAUAGCCUUCUGGUUAUAAAUAUGCAUGCUAUUUUAUCUUUUUUUUCAUUCAAUCAAAAUUGAGUAUAGAUCUUAUUCAUGCCUUGUUUUUGAGACACUGAAAGCAAGGUUCAUAACGCAAAUUAUUACAUCCAUUGAUUGACAAGAUGGCAACGUCACAUGAAUGAAUAGCCAAUUUUGAGUCAUUAAACACUCGCUAAACAGCAAGAAUAUGGGCUUAAAACUGCCAUUUCUUAGAAAUGUUUGAAGGUAAAAUUCAUAUGUAAGUAUCAUUAAAUAACUGAAUCAAUUCCAAAUUUAAUGAUGUAAAAUAUGACUAAUUUCGAGUUAGUGGGAUUGAAGAAGGUGGCUUUGAAGAUGUCAAAGGGGAGAUUUUAUUCAGUGACAUAACGUUACCUUUUCAAGGUUUGCGCUAUGAGCCUUGUUCUGGAUUCAAUAUGGCUGAUGCGUGAAUAAGGUCUAUAGAUGAGCCUUUCUGAUUUUCAAACUUAUAUACACCUAUUUCAUAAUAAGAGUGCUAUAAUAAAUCUUUCGUCCAAAGCAAUGUACACAAAUUUUUAUAUAUGGUUUGUGUUCAAGACAUUCAGUAUGCAUAAUGCAAGAAAAAAUAUGCUGGAAUACUGUUUUUUGUUAUCUGUAAAUGUGGAUGUCUUCUUGUUGCCCUUGAAAUUUUUUUUACAUUAAAAGUAGUGGAUACAGCUUAAGCAAUUGUUCAGUUUUGUUUAAAUCUUUUACAUUCUGCACUCUAAUUGUAUUGCCUUCAAUUACUGUUACUUGUUAGUUAUAAUAUUUUUUAUUUGUAAUUAAUAUUCUUAAAAUUUACAUUAAAUAUAAAUGCCUUAGUG